UCCUACCAGAAUCUCUCAGAGCGUUUUCCUGGGAUGGCAGCGUGGGAACGAUUCCUGUGGAUCCAUCAGUGGCUGUCUGGGGUUGGAUCCCUCAGGAAUGAGGGCUCUGAGAGCUCUCCCAGCUCCUGAGGCUCCUUCCAAGGCUGGGAAUUUCAACCAGAACUUCACCUGGAGCUUCUGGAGCCCUCAGCUCCCGGGAUUUGCUGGGCCUUCCCUGAGGGUUCUUCCUUGGAAUGUUUGGGGCUGUUGUGCCCUGGCUGUGACAUCAGAGCUGCUCCCAUGGGAACAGCUCCAGAGCUUGGUGUGGACACGGAGUGACCAGAGCCAACUGGCUCAGACCACCCUGGAUUCCCAUGGAUCAGCCCCAGUAGAGGUUGGAAUGUUGGGGUUGGAUUGGGGAGUGCUCCAGGCUGGGAUGUGUUUGUAAAAGUGAGGAUUGGACAGGGUCUCCAUGAGGAACUGAGAUUUUGGGAUUUCCUCACACUCCACAGCAUUAUUUGGGAGAUUCCAGCAGUAAUUCCUGCUGGAAAUUCGGAGUUUGGUGGGAAAAUGAAAGUGGAGCCUCUCCUUUUCCAGUGAAAAUCCAUCCAAAAUAAAACCCAUCAAAAACAACAAGGGAAGUCUUACAGGGAGGAGAGAAUUUCACUGAAAUUCCCGAACACAGCCAAAACUGAUGGAAUUUGGGCAGAAUUGGAUUGGGCGCAAUGGAUCAGAACAUCCUCCUGUCCUGUUCAAAGAGCAUUCCCGAUGGAAUUCCUGGAAUUCCCACCCUGCCGGGUCCAGUAACGCCUUGCUGUGUCUUUUUUCAGUUGUGCCUCCAGCUCCACAUCCGGGAGGAUUUUCCCAGGUGGAAGGAUUAGAUCUGGUGGGAUGUCAGAGACAUCCCGAAGAACCUGGGAGAUUCAUGGAAUGAUUCCAGGGGGUUCGGAGUGCUGAACCCAGACACAAAAGCACCUGGAAGAUGGAGCAGAGCCCCAUCGUGGUGAUCCUGCUGUGUGCCCUGUGCAUUCCAGCAACGCUUCUCUUGGGAUCAGGAAUGGAGCUUCCCUCGGGAGCAGGAUCGGAGCUUCCCUUGGGAUUGGGCUCGGAGCUUCCCUCGGGAGUAGGAUCGGAGCUUCCCUUGGAACCGGGCUUGGAGCUUCCCUUGGGACCGGGAUCGAAGCUUCCCUUGGAACCGGGCUCAGAACUUUCCUCGGAACCGGGAUUGGAAUCGGGGCUUUCCUUGGACCCAGGAUCUGAGCUUCCCUCAGGAGUGAGAUCAGGCUCAGAGCUUCCCUCGGAGCCAGGAUUGGAGCUUCCCUCGGAACCAGGAUUGGAGCUUUCCUCAGAAGUGAGAUCGGGCUCAGAGCUUCCAUCGGAACCAGGAUCGGAGCUUCCCUCGGAACCAGGAUUGGAGCAUCCCUCUGGAGCGAGAUUGGGCUCAGAGCUUCCCUCGGAACCAGGAUUGGAGCUUUCCUCAGAAGUGAGAUCGGGCUCAGAGCUUCCAUCGGAACCAGGAUCGGAGCUUUCCUCAGAACCGGAAUCCGAGCUUCCCUCGGAACCGGGAUCGGAGCUUUCCUCAGAACCGGAAUCCGAGCUUCCCUCAGAACCGGGAUCGGAGCUUUCCUCAGAACCGGAAUCCGAGCUUCCCUCAGAAGCGAGAUCAAGAUCUGAGCUUCCCUCAGAGCUGGGAUCAGGCUUCACUCUUCCCCCGGGCGCGGAGUCCAUGCCGCUGGGGCUGAAGCCCAUGGUGGCCGUGAACUCCACGCCCUGCAGCGUCACCUGCGGGCUGGGCUUGAAGCAGGAGCAGCUGUGCGAGGUCAGCCCGGCCGGGGAGCGCCGCAACUGCUCCCUGGUGCGCUCGCGCUGCCUCACCGACUGGAUCUGCGGCCUCCAGCACUUCAGCAUCCCCGAGGGAAAACCCUUCAAGCUCGUCUGCCUCUCCCCGGAGGCCGCCAGCCUGGAGGGACCAAAUUUCGGCUACACCUGGAGGUUCGCCCGGGGGCUCAUCACCACCAACGACCUCCUGUUCCACCCUUUCCGCAACCCCAGCCCUUCCCUGAGCUUCUCGCCGGCGCUGGAGUCGCAUUCCGGGACCUACCGCUGCGACGUGCAGGUGCUGAGCUCCUUCCAGCUCGUCAAGAGGAUCUACUUCAGCCUCAGGGUGAUCCCCAAGGCUCUGGUGGAUCUGGACUUUGAGAAAUCCCUGACCUGGGAGCAGCAGCAGCUGGCCAGCGGGGAGGAACCACCGGGAAACGCCACGGGGCCCCCGGAGCAGCGGGAGAGUUUUUGGAAGAAGCAGUGGUUUUACGAGGCCGUGCUGGGAAUCGGGAGUGGGGUGAUCAUGGGGAUCCUGUUCAGCGUCGGGCUCUGCUGCCUGGGCAGGGUUUGCAGGAAAAGAGCAGCACGAGAAAUGAACGAAGAUUGACGCAAUUCCCUGGUUUUGGCUCUUUGUUAGGAUCAGGAAUUCGGGGUGGGAGUCGUGGGAUCGUCCAUUGUUGGAUUUAGUGAUCCUCCCCUUCCAACUCAGGACAUCCCAUGGAUCCCAUAACUAUUUCAUGGGACAUUUAGAAUUUAUUUGCAACAGACACAGCUUAUUAUUGAAUAUUUUUGGCUGCUUUGGAGCCUGGAUUAAGAAUUCAGGAAUUCAGAAUGGGAUUCUUUGGGUUGUCCACAGUUGGAUUUUCCUCUCCUUCCAACUCAGGACAUUCCAUGGAUCCCAUAACUAUUUCAUGGGAUAUUUAGAAUUUAUUUGCAAAAGACACAGUUUAUAAAUUAA